AUGGACACGCACCAUGACGCGCGUGGUAGACAGCAAAAACUCAAUGCUUCUAUUCUAGAGGGAAGAUUCUCCGUCGUCCAGAUGAACACCAAUAAAUGGCUCAGAUUUAACCAACCGAGUCGAUUGCCCAGCUUCGGUGAGUCAUGUAUAGAGAACGAGCGAGUCCUGGUGCUAGUCUUCGAAUCUAUUAGCUGGGACAUCCACACGCUAUGCGCAGUCGCCUCACUUAGCCGCAGAUUUUGUGCUAUCGCCAGACGAAUUUUGUGGCGGCGGCUAUGCGUGAACCGUGCGCCGGGCAUGGUGGCGGCAUUGUCCGGCGCUGAUCCCACCGGGCGAAUCGACGGCGGAUGGCACGCGUUAGCAAAACUCAUGUUCUUCUGCGGCGGCGGCGAGUCGACUCGGUAUUUUAAUCUGAGUCAGCCGUCGUUGGGUCACUUCGCAUGCGAAUCCAGAUUCUCCAAGACCUCCGGCAGAUUCUUCCUACCGAAGAAUUGCCGCCGUGAUCUCUUAUACAUGAGCGAUCCGUGCGAGCAUCACGCGGUGGGUGGAGAUGAGCACUUGGGGGUGUUCAGAGGGGUAUUUCGGGAAUUCAUGAGGUCAAAGACGAGAGAGUGUCUCGUGAGAAGACAAGCGGCGCUGGAGGAGAAGGUUAGGUGCCCGUAUUGCGGAGGGCGCGUGUGGAGCAUGACCGCGGCGCGCCUGGUUCCAAAGAGCGCGGCGCGGCGGCUGGGAUCACGCGACAGUGGGUUAGAGUUCUUUGUGUGCGUGAACGGUCACUUGCACGGCACCUGCUGGCUCAUUCCGCUUUCAUCGGAGGAAGAAGACGACGACAACAGUGACGGCAGUGUGAUCUAAUCCAAUGGUGGUGAAAUUAGGUCUCUUUGGGAUCAUUGCAAACCAAACCACAAGAGGAGUUCUCUCAUCUAAGAUUCUCCUAUGACAUGUGGAGCUCACUAGUUGCAGGAUGGUGUGAAGAUCUUUUAGCAUAUAAGUUGCCAAGUACGACGAACAGCCUAAGCUUAUUACCCGAAUCAUUCGGCUGGUUUAGAUUAUUUUGGUACACUACACCAGUGAUAGAAUGAUUUUGUAUUGUAUCUGAUGUUUCAACUGUUGAAAUGCUGGCCAUUAGUUUGGUGAAGGUUCAAACAAAUCGAAAACAAUAACAUUGGUCCGCUCUGUUUCUUUGACCAACAACGGCCAUAUGUUUCAUUCAAACAAGAAUCAUGAGUUGCAUGUUUCUGUACACUAAAUUUCAUAAUCAUCCGCUGUCAUAUAAUACAGAUUUUUUCAUACUAUUCCCCUAAAACUCUCCCAAAAUUUCUGUUUCUAAUUAAGUGGCUCCCCAUUGAGUUGUUACUUGCUUUUGUUCUCAGAGGUAGGUAGGCCUCAAGGUCUUUCUUUUAUUUCUAGUUUUCUUUGAAUUGCUUAGGUUUUCUGUUUGGUCAAUGCUAUUAUUGUCUACAGAUGCUUGGAGUAAGACGCACUGAGUCUGAGCACCUCCUCCCAAUUGGGUAUAUCGGUUACAAUUGUUUGUGAGGAUAUUAAGGACAGUAUCGGGGUUUUCAGGAUUCAAGAGCCCGAGAAAGGACCUUUCUUUGUCUCACCUAUACCUCUCGAUAAAAUCAUCUCUUCACUGGGAAUAUGGUCAAGGUUGUUUCUCUUCUCAGUAUGACUAUUCUCUUCCUCGAAUUCUGAGAUUAGUCAAAAAAGAUCUUUUUGGCAGGAGGUUCAAAUAUGCCUUCGUUGGUUUAACUGUUGUUGGUGUGAUUCUUAUUUCAAAAGCUUGUGAUUGAGUAUAUUCUUGAGAGAAGGAGGAGACGAUUGUUACGGAAAAGGUACGUCGGAUAUUAACCAAAGUCAUAGACUUGCAAAUAAAUGGUCAUUCCAAAGUAAGUGUCCAGCUAUUUGUUGCAGAGCUGCUGAUGCAGCUGCUAAGAGAGCUGGACUAGCUAGUAACUAGAGGUAGUAUAGUAUCCCAUUAGAGUUUGCAGUAACAUGAGAAUCCUUUUUCUGCAUACGCUUGUAAUUGCUCUACUUACAAAAAUGUAACACCAGGAUUUGAAAUUUAACAAGAGAGGAGCUCAGAUAGUACAAGCAGAGAUGACAAUGUACUUGAUCUCUGUUUGAUCUGCCUUGAUGCCGCUUUUGCUAAGUAAGAACGUUGUUCCUCUUUUAAAACUCAUGAGCCCUCUCACUGAUGGGACAUCAUAGCUUUUGAAUAUUCUUUUGUUUGGUUUGCACUUGUGUAGGUGUGGUCAUAUGUGCUGCUGCUUAACAUGCUCCUUGCACGUAAAGACCUGUCCUCUUUGCCGUAGACCAAUAGAACAAGUUUUGAAGAUAUACAGCCUUUGAAGACAAAACUAAAAUUCUCGCCUUUUGAAGACAUUGGGACUCUAUCCUUCCGAUCUACUAAACAAUCAUUGAGCUUUGUCUGUAAAGCCUUGUACUUUGAUUAUAACCUUGUUCGCAUUGAUGCAAAAGCUAAUGGAAAGUGACCUAAUUACCGAAA